UGAAGAGGCCCUAUGGGAUGGUGCGGUCGUCAUCUCGCUCCAUAAGUUGAGAGGUGCGGCGGCGCUGUGGGGGGUUGGGGAGGUAGGUCGGUCGUCGAGGAAACACAGGACCAUGGCGGAAGGGUUCAAGAUCGAGCAGAAUCACGGGAAGAGCAGGGUCCGGGUCGCCAGGGUCUGGAGGAGGGUCGCCGGCUCCGGCCACGUGAUCGUCGAGUGGAACGUCGGCGUCAGCCUCUUCUCCGACUGUCUCCCCGCCUACACCUCCGCUGACAACUCCGCCAUCGUCGCCACCGAUUCCAUGAAGAAUACUGUAUAUGCGAAGGCGAAGGAGUGCACGGAGGUCAUGUCGAUGGAAAGCUUCGCGGUUCUUCUCGGGAGGCACUUCACCUCGUACUAUCCUCAGGUGACGGCCGCCGUGAUCAAUAUAGUUGAGAAGCCUUGGGAGCGGGUCGCUGUCGACGGCCAACCCCAUUCGCAUGGAUUUAAACUUGGUUCUGAGAAGCAUACAACAGAAGUUAGAGUUGAAAAAUAUGGCACUUUGAGUGUAACUUCUGGAAUUGAGGGACUAGCUCUGUUGAAAACAACACAGUCAGGGUUUGAAGGAUUUGUAAGGGAUCACUUUACGCUUCUUCCAGAGACAAGGGAGAGGAUGGUAGCAACUGAAGUCACUGCUGCUUGGAGGUACCCAUUUGCUGACGUAUCUGAUAUUCCUGCCAAGCCAUUUUGUUUCACACAAAGGCAUCUGGAUGUCAAGAAAGUUCUAGCAGACACCUUCUUUGGUUCACCACUUGAGGGUGUUUACAGUCCAUCGGUUCAGAACACACUGUACCUCAUGGCAAAAGCUGUUCUUAACAGGUUCCCUGAUAUAGCAUCAGUUAAGCUUAGAAUGCCAAACCUCCAUUUCUUACCAGUCAACUUAUCAAGCAAAGAUAACCCAAACAUGGUAAAGUUUGCUGAUGAUGUCUACAUGCCAACCGACGAGCCACAUGGAACUAUAGAAGCAACAGUGAGUCGCAUCAUGUCCAGGUUGUAAAGAUUGAUCAUGUGCCACACUGAAAUAUCUGCACCAGAAUAAAAGCCUUUAGGAGUUGCCCUCGCAUGAGCUGCUAUCCCAGGCUGCUUGAUCUCAACAAUGAAGCCUGUUGUCAUCGGCUCUUGCUUGGUCUUGUAGUAUUUAUCAUAGGGGCUAAG